AAGGAACUAAUUAACAAGCUAGCCAGAGCAUAUACCAAGGAUCUUCCAUGCUAUAUAUACACACAUUAAGCACCCUCAUCCUUCUCUCCAUUGUAGCAAAACACCAGCCUCUUUCCUCCUUUUCAUUAGAAGAAAUGGCGGGAGACCAACUCCAAGUUCUCAACGCACUUGAUGUGGCCAAGACACAGCUUUACCACUUUACGGCCAUCGUCAUUGCCGGCAUGGGCUUCUUCACCGAUGCUUAUGAUCUCUUUUGCAUCUCACUAGUCACAAAACUCCUCGGUCGUAUUUACUAUUUUGAUCCCACAUCAGCGGACCCGGGGACACUCCCUCCAAACGUGGCCGCAGCUGUAAAUGGUGUUGCCUUUUGCGGGACACUCUCCGGCCAGCUCUUUUUUGGCUGGCUCGGUGAUAAGAUGGGGAGGAAGAAAGUCUACGGUAUGACACUCAUGCUCAUGGUCAUCUGCUCUCUUGCAUCAGGUCUAUCCUUUGGCCACACUGCUAAAGGGACAAUUGCCACCCUCUGUUUUUUCCGGUUCUGGCUUGGUUUUGGUAUCGGUGGUGAUUACCCGCUUUCUGCCACUAUCAUGUCGGAAUAUGCAAACAAGAAAACCCGUGGUGCUUUUAUCGCCGCUGUCUUUGCUAUGCAAGGGUUUGGUAUUCUUGCCGGAGGUAUAGUAUCACUUAUAGUAUCAGCAGCAUUCAAGAACGCAUAUAAAGCACCGGCGUACCAAGAUGACCGGGCCGGCUCCACGGUCUCCCAAGCUGAUUUUGUGUGGCGCAUAAUUCUCAUGGUCGGGGCAGCUCCUGCCUUACUCACUUACUACUGGCGAAUGAAAAUGCCGGAGACAGCAAGGUACACAGCACUCGUGGCAAAGAACGCAAAACAGGCGGCAACAGAUAUGUCGAAGGUCCUCAAUGUUGAUAUCGAAGCCGAGCAAGAGAAAGUUGAGCAAAUUGCAAGCAAUCAAAAGAACAGCUUCGGCCUCUUCUCGAGAGAAUUCCUCAAGCGUCAUGGUCUCCACCUCCUCGGCACCACUACCACUUGGUUCUUCCUUGACAUCGCCUUCUACUCCCAAAACCUCUUCCAAAAAGACAUCUUUAGCGCUAUCAACUGGAUCCCAAAAGCGAAAACAAUGAACGCCAUCCAAGAAGUCUACAAGAUCUCUCGUGCUCAAACUCUUAUCGCCCUUUGCGGUACCGUCCCCGGUUACUGGUUCACCGUCUUCCUCAUUGACAAAAUCGGUCGGUUCAAGAUUCAGCUAAUGGGAUUUGCAAUGAUGACAGUAUUCAUGCUGGCCCUUGCUAUACCUUACCAUCAUUGGACGACACCGGGCAAUCAUUUCGGUUUUGUUGCAAUGUAUGCAUUGACUUUCUUCUUUGCCAACUUCGGUCCUAACAGCACAACCUUCAUUGUUCCAGCUGAGAUUUUUCCUGCUAGGCUCCGAUCGACAUGCCACGGUAUAUCUGCAGCAGCUGGCAAGGCAGGUGCUAUUGUUGGCGCAUUCGGCUUCUUAUAUGCUGCUCAAAGCAAAGAUCCCACGAAAAGAGACAAAGGAUAUCCGGCCGGCAUCGGAAUAAGGAACUCACUCUUCUUGUUGGCAGGAUGCAACUUGUUUGGCCUGCUGUUCACCUUCUUGGUGCCUGAAUCCAAAGGAAAGUCAUUGGAGGAAAUGUCACAGGAGAAUGAAGAAGGUGAUGAAGAUGUGGGGGUUGGAACUAGUAACAAUAGAACUACUCCCAUGUAAUUGUCUGAAUUACUACGUCAGUUUUUAUUGUUAGUAAGUGUUAUGAUUAAUUAUCUUCAAUAUGUACUUGUUUUUACUGAAUUAAUUUUACCUGUUCAAUAUAUCAAGAAGGUAAAUUUCUGUACAUGUGAAGUUGUUGGGGGAGGAGUUAUGGUAUUGGUCCGCAAGAA